AUGAGCGUCUCGAGGACAAAUUUUUUAUCGACUACCAUUAAUCUUACUUGUGUCUUAUUUGUCGGCGGUACACUAGCUCAAUCCGCCGAUAUAAACAGAAACUGCACCGCAAAGGAGAUUCAAGCUCAUCCCGGCAAUGUUUCCUACCGCACAUUAAACGCAACCGGCGCAUUAGACAUCAAAGGCCUCGGCGAUGCAAAUAUCGGCAUACCAUUACCAACAUGGACCUGGUCAACCGGCGUCCAGAACAUACGCAACUCCGAAGACAACCUCACGUUCUUUUACCAGCAACCAGUCUGGCUUGAUACCCAUGGUACUGACCUCGCGUCAGAGGAUCUGGAAUAUGAAAUGUGCUAUUUGACAUUGUCUGGGUACUCAGCGAGCGCGCAAAAACGUGGGCAGGGGGAUAGCGGGGAUUGUACUAAGUUUUUCAAUCAGCAAUGCGUGGAUGAGUGGAGGAAGGUUUUGAGUGAUGAAGGAUCGCGGUAUAUAAGAAGUAACAUCACGCAAAAUCCAUGUAAAUCUCUUCUUCAACUGGCGCCUGAGUCGUGUAAGGAUUUCCAGGACGUAUCUCGUUCUGCCGGUUCUAUUCCUCCCGAGAACCGCACUUGUCCAUUUGGUCUUGGUGACCCGGACUACGACACUGUUUUCCGGGGGGCAACUCUUGCAAACGAAGCGGCGGCCAAGAAUGAUACGACUGACUUCUUGGUUUAUGAUCAGACUGUCACGAGUAUUGUGCCGUUUUUUGCACUUGCUUGGUCUCGGAGUGCGCCGGUCCAGUGGAGUGACGCUCGUGUCAUGUGUUUGAGCACACCGAAUAUCACAGAGGGAAGUCGUAAGCCUUCUGGUGUACCAAGUUUAGGUUCAAGAUUUGCACUUGAUCCCAUUAUUAUUCUGGGAAGUAUCUUGCUGUAUAUGUUGUUGUAG